AUGAAUUAAAAUAAGAUUGAUGCAGAUAGUUCUUUAACAUUCGAUCCAUUUCGCAUACCAGCCAGCAUCAAUUAGGCAAAAAUUCAUUAGGUAAGCACAAUUUCUAAUUAGAAAGCUUCCAUGUGUGGAGAGAAUGAGGAAAAAUCAGAUCAUUGCCCUUGUUGCGGAUAACAUAUAUAAUAGAGGGAAAUUUAAUUAUGUUAAAAUAGAUUAGAUUUGGCAUUUUUGGGUCAAGGUAUACCUCUAUUUUUUGAGAUGACUCAAUAAUUGACAUUAAUGGUUUUUAUUUUAUUUACAAUUUUUGGAAUACCAUCUUUAAUAAAUAAUAUAGAAAAUCAUGAUUGUAUUGCAGAAGACAAUAAGUUUUAUUAAAUUUCAUUAAAUGGACUAUGUGAAUCAAAUUGUCCAUAAAAUUCGACUGAUUUUAUUUUAAUUACAAAAUUGACUCACUCAAAUGAAUGCAAAACUAUAUGUGUUAAAAUUAAAGAUAUUUGUUUAGAAACAUCAGUAAUAUAAAUGUCAUUUGCAAACAAGUAAUUUGAUGAGACAUCUAAAUUUGUCUAAUCUAUUCUAGUUUUAUGUAGUAUAUUAGUGUUUAAGUUUGCUAUGAUUAGAAUUAGAAUAUCUUAAAGAAAUACAGCAAGAAUUUGUGAUUAAGAAUUUGUUUCUCCUUCAGAUUUUACUGCUAUGUUGACAAACUUACCUAGAAAUGAAUAUAAUGAAGCAGAAUUAAAGGAUGCAUUAUUAGAUUUUUGUUAUUAAUUUGACAAUAAAGGGUAAUAUGAAAUAGUUAAAAUAAUAAUAGCAUAUGAUAUUACAUCAUUUGUUGAAUUUAGUAGAGAAAAAAUGUCUUUAGAAAAGAAAAUAGAAAAAAUAGAAAAUUAUUAUAAGUAAUAUCAUCGAUAUCCACGUUCCUUAAAAACCAAUUAACUAAAUGAUAUGAAACAAAGAAUUGUAUUCCUUGAUGAAAAAUUAACAAAAAUUGAAAAUGAAGUGGAGUAAUAGUAAUAUGCACAUUAAACUUAAGUUGCAUUUGUGACUUUCUAAACAAAAGAAUGUAAAUAAAAAUUCUAUUAUUAGAAUUGCAAUCAGUUUUGGAUUAAACUAAACUAUCAUAUUGGGAAGAAUUAUGGAUUCGAUUCAAAUAUUAUUUCAUUAAUCGAUAAGAUUAAAGAGGUUUCUAUUUUAAAAAUCGAAUUAUAAUAUUUUGCAGAGCUCCUGAACCAAAUGAUGUCUUUUGGGAAAAUUGUGGAUUUAAUUUCUAGUAUUAAUUAUAAAAAAGAAUAUUGAAUUUCUUUAUAACAAUAUUCAUUUUAGGAGCUUCGUUCACUAUUCUUUUAGGUUUGAAUAUUUUAUAAAGUCAAAACCUAUCAUCUUAUGAUGAUGCUAUAAUGAUAUUUGUAACUCUGGUUAUUUCAUUAAUAAUAACAAUUAUAAAUUAGAUCAUAUAUCAUGUUAUCAAAUUACUAGGAUAAUCAGAAAAACAUUUUACCAAAACACAUCAUGAUGUUUCAGUUGCAACUAAAUUGGCAAUAGUUUAAUUUUUUAAUUCUGGAAUCUUUACUAAAGUUAUUAAUAUUUUAGUAUACAAUUUUGAAAAUGAUAAACCUGACAAUUAUGCAGCAACAUAUGCAUAUUCUAGAUAAGGAGGAGUAAUUUCAGAUGCAUUUUUUUUAUUAAUUGUUAAUUCAUUCUUUGUUCCUAUUUUUGCUUAUUUGGAUCCACUAUACCUUUUUAAAUUAUAUCAGUAAUAUUACUUUAAAGUUGAUAAUACUCUUAAUCAAAUAGAAGCUAAUAAAAUAUUUGAAGGACCAUCUGUACUUUUGUAUGAGCAUUAUUCUUAUAUUUGUUUAUCCCUAUGGAUUUCCUUACUCUUUGCUCCUUUAUUACCAAUAUCUUUAUUAUUUUGCAGUUCAGGAUUACUAAUAUACUAUUGGAUAUAAAAAUAUUUAUUAUUAAGAAGAAAUUCAAAACCUCCUUUUUAAAGUUUUCAUUUAAAUAGAGAAAUGAUGAAUUUAUUUGAAUUAAGUCCUAUUAUUUUGGCAGUUGGCUAAUUUUGGGCGGAUUAUACUUUUAGUUCUGGUUCAGUUAUAUUGACAAUCAAUUUUAUUAGUUUAGGAUUCUCUUGUUUAGAAUUAAUCACUCCAGCAACAAGAAUCAGUAAAUUAUUUGAUAAAAAGAGUAAUCUAUAUACUGAAAAAGAUAGAUACUCAGAUGUGUAUUUAAAAUUACCAACAGAUUAUGAUAGAACAAAUCCUUUAACAUAAUAAAAUGCAAUUUUAGAAUUCAUUAAAGCAAAAACUUUAAUCGAUUGUAAUUACUAAUAACCUUAAGUUAUGGAUACAAAAACAGCAUUACAUAAAUAUGUUCAUAUGGGAGGAAGUCAGUUUAUGAAAAAUACUAUUUCAUUAAAACUUAAAGUUUCUUUUAUGAGAAAAAUAAAACUUAUAAGAAAGGCUCGUUAGGUUGCAGCUAUGGCUUAAUAGUAAUAAGAUGAAGAGAUUUCUUAAGAUUAACAAGAACCUAUCUAUACAUAAACACCUGAAUAUAUAAUUGUUAAUCAAAAUAUAAGUUUGAGGUAAAAUUCAUUUGUUAACUCUACUCAUAAUGAAAAUAAUAAUAAAUUCUAAGAUGCUCAUAUCUACAAUUUCUCUAAAUUUUUAAAUCCCAAUAAAUUUGAAAAUUGA